AUGGCCUUUCUCCGGAUCGUCCUUGGCUUCCUCCUCCUUGGCACCAGCUUCAGCUGCGGGGUCCCCGCCAUCCAUCCUGAGCUGAGUGGCCUGUCCAGGAUUGUCAAUGGGGAGGACGCUGUCCCUGCCUCCUAGCCCUAGCAGGUGUCCCUGCAGACCAGCUCCAGUUUUCACUUCUGCAGGGGCUUCCUCAUCAGCAAGGACUGGGUGAUCACCGUUGCCCACUGGGGGGUCAGGAGGAGCCACUGGGUGGUGGUCAAGGUGUCUGACUGCAGCUCCGACCAGGAGCUGAGGACUGCUGAGUUACAGCUGGGAGGGCACGGAGGAGGUGCUUAUGAGCGCCUCUCCCAAAAUUGUCUUUCUUUCCCCCAACCGUUGUUCCCAACCUCCAGAUUCUCUGUACAGCCCUACCAGAUCCCAGCCUCCCCUUUUUUCUCCCAUGUUCUCCAUUCCGUCCCACAGGUGUCUGAACACACCCCGUGGGGCCAGUGGACAGUCCACAACGACAUCACCCUGCUGAAGCUGGCCGUGCCCGCCCACCUCUCUGAGACCGUGUCCCACGUCUGCCAGCCCAGUGCCAGCGCCAACGUCCCUGUGGACUCCCUCUGCACCACCACGGGCUGGGGCAACACCAGGCAGAAUGCCAUCAAGCUCCCUGAGAAACUGCAGCAGGCAAUCCUGCCCCUCCUGUCCAACACCGACUGCAAGAAGUACUGGGGCAGCAAGAUCACCGACGUGAUGGUCUGCGCCGGGGCCAGCGGCGUCUCCUCCUGCAUGAGUAGAUCCCAGAAAGGUGGAGCCUGGACCCUGGUGGGCAUCGUGUUCUGGGGCAGCGGCCAGUGUCAUCCCUUUUUACCAGGUGUGUAUGCCUGCAUCACCAAGCUUAUGCCCUGGGUGUGGGAGGUUCUGGAGGCCAACUGAGCCCCCCUCCCCCUCCCCUCCACAUCUUUGUAAACCCGAAUAAAA